AUGUCAAUUAUAGAAGACAAUGGCGUUCAGAAGACAAUUUGGGAUGGGGAUGCCAAAGCUGUUCAGCAAUGUCUGACGGAUAUAUUUACCAGUGUCUACACCACCUGCGAUAUCCCCGAAAAUGCCAUAUUUGGCCCCUGUGUGCUUAGCCACACUUCUCUGUACGACAGUAUAGCUUUCAUCGCUCUCAAAUCCACAGACAAGCGAACUGUUCCUUAUAUAUUUCGGGUGGACACUUCAGCUGCAAACGGUUCCUCUGAGGGUCUGAUGUGGCUCCGUCUGGUUCAAUCUGCUAGGAACAAAGAAGAGCAAAAUUUAGAAGCCUACAUCAAAAAUGGACAACUCUUUUACAGAUCUCUGCGUAGGAUUGCAAAAGAUGAGGAAUUAUUAGUUUGGUAUGGGAAAGAACUGAUCGAUCUGCUUCUGCUCAAUCCAUCCAGAAGUCCUGGAAAAAAUAUAGGGUCAUCACAAUCUGCUUGCCUGGACUGCAAUCAGAGGUUUCAGUUCGAAUUCCCCUAUGUGGCCCAUGUGAGGUUCCGCUGUCCAAAAAGACUACAUAACUCUGAUUCCAUCUCUGAGCAAACAUGCAAAGAAAACAGGGAGCUUGAACCAAGAAACAUUGUUGUAGCCCCAUCCAAGUACAACAAAUUAACCAUCUACCAACCUCAAAAAGAAAACCAUAAGCCCACAACAGAUUUUCACAACUUGGCCAGGGACAUGGAGAACGUCAGAGGAACUACUUCUCAUCGUUCAGUUCUUCUUCUUCUCCAAAAAAUAGCCUAUCCCCGCCACGAUGUGGAUUCAACUAGUGAGAACGUGCCCAAAGCUAAAAGAAAAUAUGAUGAACUUGAUGAAAUUAGGUCCAGGAGGAUAGAUACUUCGGGGAGAUUUUUGGACCGACCCAUGCAUUCCUCGAAGGAGGAUCUUGUGUGUAGCCCACAACCAUUCAGAGCAAGUUCUUUCUAUAGCUUAGAGGAAAGUGGCCAACUGUAUGCACCUCCAAGCCCAGAAACUGGAGAUGCCAAGAGAAGCGCCUUUGUGGAGGUGAAAAAGGCUUCUAGGGGUGUAGAAGAUAGUGAACUGAAUUCAGAAAAACUUCAGAUGUCCUCCAUCCCAUGCAGUAGCCCUGUCGAGGAGAAGAGAAUAUCCGCCAGGGCAGAGGCUAAGGCAGAUGACAACUCUCCAAGGGGCAGUGCCUUUACCAGUGUGUCUCAGAUUACAAAUCAGGACCAGGAGAGAAAAAGCGCAUUCUCACAGCCAACAAGAAGCAGUUUUAAUCAUGUAUCUCCCUUACAAGUUAUGGGGCAAAAGCUGGUCUCUAGUGGGGUAAAUUUGGACUGUCAUGGAGAUACAGUUGGCCCUGCACGGCUUUUCCAAUCUGACCCAUUGUCAGUAAAGUUACAGAAUCCUGAUUUAAACGGUAAUUGCACAUUGCAGAACAGUUUACCCAAACAAAGCCCAUUCCUCUUUGCAACAACUUUCUGGCCAAAGAGCACACCUGCCCCUUUGCAACUGCAGCUGCCCUCUACACUUACUUUGCUGCCCCCAUCCUUCACAUCUUUGUGUUUGCCUGCCCAAAACUGGUGUGCCAAAUGCAAUGCGUCUUUCAGGAUGACCUCAGAUCUUGUGUACCACAUGAGAUCACACCACAAAAAGGAAUUUGCUAUGGAGCCACUAGUGAAGAGGAGGAGAGAAGAAAAGCUCAAAUGUCCAAUAUGCAACGAAUCCUUUAGGGAACGCCAUCACCUAUCCAGGCACAUGACCUCUCAUAAUUAGAUCU